AUGAACGUCUUCAAACUCCUCUCGCGGUCCUCGAACGCCCUGCCACAGAGCUCUUCUACGCAGAAGCUUCCUUCUUCCGGCGCAGUCGCCAACCCGCAACUGUUUGGCCAUGAUGAGGCUGCACAGGCACCACACACUUCGAAGACGAGUCGGAAGCGGAAAAGGGGGCAGCAAGCUGUAGAGAGUGGUGAAGAGGAGUCUGCAGCCUUGCCUGCUGAUCUCGACUUUUUUGGAGAGGGCUCGGACGCUGUUGUUGGAGAAGGCCUGUCGAAGAAGGAAAAGAAGAAGAAGCAGAGGCAGCUAGAGAAGAAGGAAGCGGCCGAGGCGGAGGCGUCGCAACAUGGCACAGAGGCUGUUGCAGGCGACGAGGAGGAUUCAUAUGAUCUGGAUGAGGCGAGGAGAGUACUGCACUCGCACAAGUUGAAAGUCCAUGUGCUGGAAGACUUUGCGCCACCCGUCGAGGAGUCUCUCACAAAAGACAAGAAGAAGUCUAAGAAGCGGAAGAAGGAAAAGGAAGUAUUCAAGGAGAAGAAGAAGGAUGCGAAGAAGCCCUUGUUUCCCCAACCGUUGACUUCCUUUGCACAGUUGCGGACCCGAUAUGGCAUUUCGAGACGCUUGGCGGAGAAUAUCAUGGAGCAGGGAUAUAAGCUACCUACAGAGGUACAAUUGGGUGCUUUGCCGCUGCUGUUAGCUCAGAAAGGAGCAAAGGGUGGUGACGACCAGUCCGGCGCGCAGUAUGCUGGGGAUAUCGACCUCUUGACCGUUGCACCUACGGGCAGCGGGAAAACCAUCGCCUUCUUGAUUCCCAUCAUCAAUGCACUUCUUGCCAAAGGCAAACCCGCAGAGGGAGAGGAGGGGCCGCGUGCUGUUGUACUUGCGCCGACGAGAGAGCUUGCGUCCCAGAUCGUCAAUGAGGCGAGGAAGUUGGCAAAGGGCACGGCGAUCAAGGCGACGCUGAUGAGGAAGGGCAUGGAGGUCGUGAAAAGGGACGAAGAGACUGAGCAGCUUGAAGCACACGAGUCGCCUGAAAACUCAGAGGAUGACGGGGAAGUGUCCGAUUUCGAUGCCGAGGACAAAACUUUAACCAAGAAGAAGCAAACGACAAUUCGAGCUGAACGAGUAAAAGCUGCCAUUCUCGUCGCCACACCGCUCGCUCUGCUCAACGCACUAAAACGCAAAGAUGGUACCAUUGCCAACUUACCCACAGUCUCCCAACUCGUCCUCGACGAAGCAGACGUCCUUCUCGACCCCCUCUUCCGCGACCAAACCCUCGCUAUCUGGAACGCCUGUACAAACCCAAGACUACGCAUGGGUCUCUGGUCCGCAACAAUGGGCUCCAACAUUGAGACGCUCACGAUCUCUACUUUAAACACUCGGUGGUCAUCCCUCACUUCAUCACAAUCCACCACCCAGCCCCGACCCCCCCUACUCCGCCUCGUCGUCGGCCUCAAAGACUCCGCCAUCCCAAACAUAUCCCAUCAACUCAUCUACGCCGCCACCGAAUCCGGUAAACUCCUCGGCCUCCGCCAACUCCUCCAUCCCACCUCCUCCGCCCCCUCCACCACCUCAGAAACCGCAACGCUCCGUCCCCCCUUCUUAGUCUUCACCCAAACUAUCCCCCGCGCAAUCGCCCUUCACAGCGAAUUGCUCUACGAUAUUCCCCCGGAAGCCGGCGGUUCCUCGCGCAUCGCUGUCCUCCAUGCUGAUCUCAGCUCCUCGGCUCGCGACAGCAUCAUGACGCGUUUCCGCCGCGGCGAAAUCUGGGUCCUCAUCGCCACCGACCUGCUCGCCCGUGGCGUCGACUUCCGCGGCCUCAACGGCGUGGUCAAUUACGACGUGCCCACCUCGGCCGCCGGCUACGUUCACCGUGUUGGUCGGACGGGGCGAGCGGGGCGCGAGGGCGGCGUCGCGGUGACGUAUUAUACCAAGGAGGAUAUUCCGUACGUCAAACUCAUUGCGAAUGUGAUUCGCGCGAGUGAGCGGCUUCGGGGUGUGGGCGAGGGCGAAGGCGCCGUCAAGCAGUGGUUGUUGGAUGCGUUGCCUACGCCCUCGAAGAGGGAUAGACAGCAGCUUAAGAGACGUGGGGUCGAGGCUAGACGGACGGUCAAGGGCGUGGAUGGGGCAAAGGGCAAGGGGAAAGGCGGUAAGGCGCGGAUUAGUACGAAGAGUGGGUAUGUGAGGAAGAUUGAGAAUAAUAGACGGGGGGCUGUGGAGGCGAGUCGGAGGAGGGAGAGGGAGGACAAAGAACAGGGGAGUGAGGAUGGCGCGUUUGAGGGGUUUGAGUAA